CAUGGACAGGGACCCGAGUGAGGAGGACAGCAUGGCUGACCUCAGCUUUGAGGCUGAGAGUCCUGUGUUGCCCCCUGAUGAGCUCCUGGAGGGGUUGCCCAGCUAUGACUGGCUUCUUCAAGGGCAUGGAAGGCAGGUCUUCUUCCCACCCUUGGAGGCCCUGGGGAGGUCCCAGGAGCCUGCAUGUUGGUCUUCAGUCCUGGAGCACAGAGUCCCUGUGGUGACCGAGGAGGUGGCCCGUGAGGCCCUACUCAGCUUCGUGAACUCCCAUUGCUGUUACAGCAGCGCAGCUGCUGGCAACCUCAUCAUUCAGGAGCUGAGGCAGCAAACCCUCUGCAGGUAUCGGCUGGAGACCUUCAGCGAAUCCAGAGUCAGCGAGUGGACAUUUCAGCCCGUAACCAACCACUCGGUGGACGGACCACAGAGAGGCACCUCCCCCAGGCUUUGGGAUAUGAAGGUCCAGGUGCCUCCAAUGUUUCAGGAAGACACCAGAAAGUUCCAAGUGCCCCACUCCUCCCUGGUCAAGGAAUGUCACAAAUGCCACGGGCGUGGUCGCUACAAGUGCAGUGGCUGCCAUGGGGCUGGCAUGGUGAGGUGUUCAUCCUGCAGUGGCACCAAGCGCAAAGCCAAGCAGCCCCGGAGAUGCCACCUGUGCUCUGGCUCUGGUCGACGCAGGUGCAGUACGUGCUCUGGGAGAGGGAACAAAACAUGCGCCACCUGCAAGGGGGAGAGGAAGCUGGAGCACUUUGUCCAGCUGGUCAUCAUGUGGAAGAACAGCCUGUUUGAGUUUGUGUCCCCACACCACCUCCACUGCCCCAGGGAGCUGCUUGCCAAAGCCAGAGGGGAAAACCUCUUCAGGGAUGAGAAUGCCACGGUGUACCCCAUUGUGGAUUUCCCCCUGCAAGACAUCUCUUUGGCUUCCCAGAGGGGCAUUGAGGAACACAGUACCAUGCUGGCUUCCCGUGCUCGCAUCCUUCAGCAGCGCCAGACCAUCGAGCUGAUCCCCAUCACAGAAGUUCAUUACUGGUACCAAGGGAAGACUUCUGUCUACUACAUCUACGGCACCGACCACCAGGUGUACGUGGCUGACUACCCUGAGCGGUACUGCUGUGGGUGUACCAUCCUCUGAUAGGCACAGCUGUCCCCAGACUCCAAUGGUCACAUUUGGCAAGGGGACAGCAGUACUCUUUGAGUUUAGUUAUGUUGGUGAUGUUGGACAACCUUCACGCAAGCCCUGGAGGUAUUUCUGAAUAAUCGGUUAAUCAUCUGUCAAGCAUCAAUUAUUGAUGGAGCUUGUUUGGUGGGACCUAUGUUUAACCCACAAGAAUUCUCCUAACCAAGUUACUCUAAAAUAAAUGAGAGAUGUAAGAUAAAUGGUGGGGGCUUUGCCUCUUUUCUCCAAUCCAAAACCCCUGUCUGUGUGGGGGAAAUGGUAUUGCUGAUCCCUGUUUUAGUUUGGAUUCUGCUAUGAGCCUCUGGCCAUCUUCAGCAUUAUAGGAAUUGUGGUCACAGGUUGAUUUCCACCACAGCCCAUUUGUUCCUAUCCUCUGGCUGGGAGUGCUGAUGUAACCACCACUGGGAGUGUACUUUGCAGGUCUGAGGUCUCACCUGAAGGUCAGGAGGCCAGGGUGGUCCAAGGAUGGGCAUACUAGAAAUCCGAAGGGUGACUUAUGAAGAUGUUAGUUGGCUGAUGAGAAUCUGCCCACCACGUUACCUCCAUGUAAUUUUUGUUUUCUCACAACAUGGAAGGUCUAUGGUGGCUGUCAUUCAUGGGCACUAUGAUGGGUAAUGUUAAUUGUGAACUUGCUAUCUAGAAUUACCCAGCUUUUGGACAUGUGGAUGACCGAGUUUCUAGCUUUGAUAAAUUGAGGUGACAUCCCAGUAUAGUUGGGCCUUGUCCCCUCACUUUGGACUGGCGUCUUGUAAUGAAUUAAGAAUGAAUUGAGUACCCAGCAUUCAUCUCCUGCUGCCUCCAGACCACAGAUGUGAUGUGACCAGCUGUCUCAUGCUUCUACUGCCAUGUCCUCCUUGCUGUGAUGGACUGUACCCUUGAAUUAUGAUUAAAAAUAAAACAAACCCUUUCUU